AUGCAACAAGACGGGACGAACGGGCAAGAAGUACAUCAUACUGAGGACUCUGGAACGCCCAGUGCCUCUAGACGAGGUCUUGCUCCUCCUCGCCAAGACAGAAAUCGCUCGUUGACGGAGAGCUCCGGCUUCAGCGUCCCGGAUUCGGAGUUCGGCGUGUCAGACAGGCAGCUGAAUGAGGCUUCGAAGAGUUCUUCGAGUAGCAAGCCGGGGCUCGGGUGUGUCGCCUACAAGCUAUCUGCAGAAAAGCUAUCUGCAGGGCCGAGCACAGAAUGGCAGGACGCUGAAUUUGGUCUUGCUGACGAGCAGAUCAAGGCGCUGCAAGCAAAGAUGAAUGGCAGUAGCCAGCACGAGGUGCAGAAUGACGUCAAGCCUCCAGCACGGAGGAAUAGCGAGCACAGACACGAGUUGCCUGGCGUAAUAGAUUUGCCAAUGGUCCGCGAGGUGUCAACGGAACAGCAAUCUACGGGCGACUCCUUUCGCGGCGGGCUGCUUCGGGACAGUAGCCGCACGAGCAGCCUCCUCCGUUUCGACAGUGAGGGUCUCUCUGUGGCAGCACGAGGUGCCGGCAGCGCGCCGUUUGAGAGCCGUGCAAGAGGCUUGGCCUGCCUUGGACGGGCGCGGCAGUGCUUCAACGCCUUUUUCGGACAGCAUGAAGGUGGCUACCAUCGCUCGCCGUAG